GCAUUAAAAUUAGCCUCGCUGGCUGUUUUCUCAAUAGACUUUUCGCAGAACAGAAACAAAGAAAGAAACCCUAUUUAAGCUUUUCUCUGUCUUCUUCAAUCCAAUCGUCUACUACGUUGGAUCGUUGGACUAGAAUGGAAAACCCAAAUGCUUCUACUUGAAAGACACGAUCUGAAGAACUACCUAUAUGCAUAUAUAAAGCCAUAGAUAUACGCUUGAGAGCUGUGUGCUUGUGACGUAAAGAUGGUGAAGCUGACAAUGAUUGCUCGUGUUACUGAUGGGCUUCCACUAGCGGAGGGCCUGGAUGAUGGCCGUGAUUUGCAAGAUGCUGAAUUUUACAAACAGCAAGUCAAGGCUUUGUUCAAGAACCUUUCAAGAGGCCAUAAUGAGGCUUCAAGAAUGUCGAUUGAAACUGGGCCAUAUGUUUUCCAUUAUAUUAUUGAAGGACGGGUUUGUUAUUUGACAAUGUGUGAUCGUGCAUAUCCAAAGAAACUUGCCUUUCAGUACCUGGAGGACCUUAAGACUGAGUUUGAGCGUGUUAAUGGGACUCAAAUUGAAACUGCAGCAAGACCAUAUGCUUUUAUAAAAUUUGAUACAUUCAUACAGAAAACAAAGAAACUGUACCAAGACACACGGACUCAGAGGAAUAUUUCAAAGCUGAAUGAUGAACUCUAUGAAGUUCACCAAAUUAUGACUCGCAAUGUACAAGAAGUUCUGGGUGUUGGUGAAAAGUUGGACCGCCACCAAAGCUCACCCUGGUUGGAGGAAAUUUUUCGUCUGCAGACAGUCAUACACCUGACUCUCAGGUAAAGUGCUCCUAGGUCCUGACCAUCACGUAGACAGGUAAAAAUACCAAAUUGCCUUGUGAUAGUUUGGUUUUUUGAUGAGCAUCAUUUCAAUCCAAUGCCAAAUCAAACCAAACUAAGCCCAUCAAGGAAGCUCAGGUGUGGGUACGAGUACAGUACGGGUACGCCGAUUCGGCAAAACUCAAAAAAAAUAUGAUACGGGUACGGCUGCGGUACGCCGAUAUAUAUAUAUAUAUAUAUAUAUUAAUAUAAUUAUGGUUAAAGGAUCUAACCUACAAAUUAAAAUUAAAUAUCAAAACUAAAAAGACAACUACUUAUUUUCCUAUAAUUUAAAACCAUUAAGCGUUAAAAAUAAUAUUUGUGAAAUCUCUCACUUUGACAUGUUAUGCACUAUGAAUUUGUGAUCAUAAUUUAUUUUUAAAAUCUUUCUUUUUGCUCAUCAAUUUGUUAUUUUUAUAAGGUGAGACCAAAGAAAUAAUAGGAGACCAAAGAAAGAUUUAAAGUUAAUUGCCAACAGUAAAGGAAAAAAAUUCUCAAUUGAGGCAGGUUGUCAAUUGCAAUUUGCAUAAUACAUAAAAUUGCAUCAUUCCCAACCACUACUAAUCAACUAAUACAGUAUUAAUUUUUAAUGUUUUGUGCAUAAACUUUAAAAGUUUGUUAUGAUUAAAGAUUUUAUAAAGAAGUUUUAGGAGGAUCUGAAGCAAAAGUAUAAUGUAUAGUUAUACACAGAACUGCCCUUUAUAAGCCUUGUUAUUUUUUUUGUUCAAAUUACUUUUUAAAAACAUCAAAAUCAUUUGCUGAUAUGCUUAUACAAUUCAUACAAACAGAUAGGACAGCAGAGAAACAUCAAAUUGCUGAUCUG